AUGACUACUACUCCUGCUGCCAUUGGGGAAAUAUGGGUAAUUUCAUUUCACGGACAGGGGCAUCUCCUACCGACCUUCGAACUCUGCCAGCAAUUCCUCUCCCGGAAGCUCAGAACCACUCUGUUCGUCUCCUCCCGCGUCUCCUCCUCCGUCCCUCCCCCUCUCUCCGCCGACCAACUCUUCCACGUCGUCGAGACCCCGCAACUCCCGCCUCCUCCUCCGCCGUCGCCUGACACCGGCGACCAUUUCCACCACCGCAUCCAGCUGGAGCGCGUCCAGAUGGCUGAGUGCCUCCAAAAGUUACUCGCGAUCCGCGGGGCUAAACCCCUCUGUGCGGUCGUCGAUCAUCUGAGAUCCUGGAUAGGUUCGAUUCUUCACGAGCUCGACAUCCCGGCGAUUGGGUUCUUCACAUCGGGAGCGUGCUCGGCGGCGAUGGAGCACGCGAUGUGGAAGGCGGGGUCGGCUGAUUUGGGAGAAAUCGGAAACGAAAGCCGUUUGCUUCCCGGCUUACCAGAUCACAUGGCGGUAACGGGAUCUGACCUCAAAAGAAGACCUUUUGGGCACUCUGGAAGGCGGCACCCAUCUCCACCACCGCAGCCCAUUGGGCCGCCACCUCCUAGCCCAGAAUCUGAGCUCCCGAAACCACACAUGGGCCGGAGAAGGAAGGGCCCACCUGCGCCCGGUGAUCAACCGCAUUGGUUCCAAGAAAUGGAUGGAUUUGCCCAGUACCUUUACAACACGUGUCACGAACUGGAGGCCCCAUUCAUCGAGUACCUCAACGAAGCUUUUGGCAAACCGGUUCGGGCCGUUGGUCCAUUGCUGCCAGACAAAUACUGGAAAUCGACGAGGAUGGGCUCAACGUUCCGGGAUCAGGAAGUACGAGUGAAACGAGAGACAAAUGUGAAGGAAGAGGAGGUGAUCGAAUGGCUGGAUUGCAAACCGGCCGGAUCAGUGCUAUACGUAUCAUUUGGCAGCGAGGUGGGUCCGACGAUUGAGGAGUACUCAGAGUUGGCUGAGGCGCUGGAAGCAUCGAACCGACCAUUCAUCUGGACAAUCCAACUCGGUUCCGGCCCUUUUGGUUCUAAGUUUAACUCGGACGAGAACCCGGAGCAGGGAUUUUACCCACAUGGUUUGCAGGAGAGAGUGGGGAAGAAGAGAGGCUUGAUCAUCCACGGAUGGGCGCCACAACUGCUGAUCCUCAGCCACCCUUCUACUGCAGCUUUCUUGUCGCACUGCGGAUGGAACUCGACCGUGGAGGCCAUUGGGUGCGGCAUCCCAAUACUAGCGUGGCCAAUUCGAGGUGAUCAAUAUCAUAAUGCCAAACUGGUGGUCAAGCAUUGGGCUGCUGGCGAAUUUGUAACUGAUGAUUUCUCAAAAUCGGUUAACAAAAACGACAUUGCUCGAGGCAUAGAGGAUAUAAUGGGCCAGGAGGAGGUGAAGAAAAAUGCAAGAGCCAUUAGUGUCAAGCUUGAGAAUGGCUUCCCUGUCACCUCUACGGAUGCUUUGAAUGCUUUCAGGGACUCAAUUCUGAGGGCUGCCAAUUCCUAA